GCUACUUUCUUUUUCUCUUUUCUUUUGAGACCGAAAGUGGCGGAGAUGCGUGGCGGGGCAGAAACGCGGCCGGGAUUUGGGUCUCCGGAUCCUUUUCGAUCCGAAGUGGGGAUCUGUUAACCCUUCGGAGGGUCCCAAUCAUAUCCAGAGGCUUUUCUUUUCUUGAAUGUUUUUUUUUCCCGGCAUGCAAAAUGUUCCUUUUCUUUUUUGCAAUUUAAUCGAGCCCGUCUAAAAGAAGAGCAAAUCCUCACAGGCCGAAGAAUUGCAGCCGGGGAAGGAAAGAGGGCACCGAUGCCAUGGCGGACGACAGCAGCCUCUUGGCAAAGAUUGUGGAAAACGGGAGCGAAAUUUUGGAGGCCGACGUGCAGGGCGACUGCAGUGUGGAGCCCAGCACCCUUCUGCAAAAGCUGAAGAGCACCAUCUCAAAGUCUGUCCAGAGCAAAGUCGACUCGAUCUUGCAGGAUGUCCAGAAGUUUUCAGACUACGCCAAACUUUAUCUGUAUCUUCAACUGCCUUCGGGACCAAGCUCAGGAGAAAAAAGCUUGGACCUUACUUCUCUCAAUUCAGCAGAGCAGAUGCAUGCUUGUACCUGGAUACGGAACCACCUGGAGGAGUAUCUUGACACCUGCUUGCCCAAACAAGACGUGUACGAUGCUUACAAGCGCUACUGUGACAACCUGUGCAGCCGUUCCCUGAGUGCGGCAAAUUUUGGCAAGAUCAUCAGGGAGAUCUUUCCGAAUAUCAAAGCAAGACGAUUGGGUGGACGCGGGCAAUCCAAAUAUUGCUAUAGUGGGAUCCGACGUAAAACCGUGGUGAACAUGCCUCCCCUGCCCAGCCUGGACCUAAAAGAAACCGAGACCCUGGAGCGAACAGAGACCACCCACUCCUACAACGACAAGGUGGUCGAGGCGGCCUGCGCCCUGACCUGUAACUGGGCCCAGAAGAUCCUCAAACGCUCCUUUGACAGCAUCGUGGAGGUGGCCCAGUUCCUCCUGCAGCAGCACCUCAUCAGCUCCCGAUCAGACCACGCCGACCUGGUCAUGGCCACCGUGGUCACAGAACACGCCGAGAGCUCGUGGGGCAAGCAUCCUCCCCCAAAGAAAAGUGAGCCGGAAGCCGCAGAAAACGUAGCCAAAGCACCACCUCAGGCUAAACCAGACAAUGUGCCCAAGCCCUCGGCCCCCUCCCCACGGAGCGAAGCCAAGAAGCCGGCAGACGUUCCUCCCAAGAAGGCCAGCAGCCCGCAGGUCAAUGCCUUGGUAGCCCGUCUCCCUUUGCUGCUUCCCCGUGUGCAAGUCCAACCCAGAGACCACUUAGUGGUGUCUCCUGGGACGCCGGCUCUCCCCUCUCCCCACCCCGUCCUGGCUCCUAAGCUUACCCCCACCCCGGUGGGGGUAACGGUCAAGAUGGCGCUCUCGGUGGGGGCACCCUCCUCCACUUUGCUAGCCUCGGCCGUGAACGGACCCACCAACCUGGUCAGCCAGCCGUCCGCUGUGCCAGUCAUCAACAUGGUGCCGGUUAUCAACGUGGCAGUCCCACCUGCAGCCGAGAACCAGCCGAAGCCCAAAAGUAUCUCCAGUGGGGCUGGUGGAGCAUCCAGCGUUGAAGCUGGGCAGAGCCCGUGUGAGCCACUGAAAGUCAAGAGCCCCACGAAGCGGCCGGCAGACCGACUCGGAGAGGUGAUCACGAAGAGGAGGCGUGGCCGGCCGCGGAAGAAGCCGGACGAGCCUCCCGUGCUGGAGAACAGCAUCCUCAGAAAAGAGCUGUCUAAAAGCAAGGAGGAUUCGGACCCCAUGGUGGUGCCUGCGGGGAGCAAAGUCCCCCCUGCUGCUCCGAAAUCUUCCCCCCAGAACUUGACAAAAGAGACUUCCCAAGCAGAGGCCCCUCCCCUGGGAUUGGAGCUCAAGAGACCAGCUCCGGAGCAGCCGAGGGAGGAAAGGCCGGCCGAGGCCAGGAACCUCAUUGUGGCCGCCCCCAGGAGGGUCUCGCCUUACCACCUCAGCGUCAUCCGUGCCAGGGUGCCAAGCCCUUUCAUCCCGACGCCCUUCAGACAGGCUUCGUGGGAGUCCCCGCCACGGGACCAGCCAGAGAGGUACAGCCCCUUUGAUCCCGAUAUGCAGCCCACGGAUCUUUCUCUUAAGUCUCGUCAGCCGUUGUCCAGGGACUGCCCCACCGCCUCGGGCUUCUGGGCGCCCGCGGGACGUUUGCAGCGGAUCGACCCAGACCGUGAAAAGUCUAUGGAGGCCGCGGGCAGCUCAGGGGUGACAAGGCAAGGCCCCAGUUGAUACCUCUCCCACUCCCCAUCCCGUGGGUCUGCUUCCCUUCCCGUUCCUCCCAAAGACAAACCCAACACACGUGUAGAAAGGGAAAUCCCCGGAAGAGCAUGAGCCUGCAAGGCACUUCACCCAACCUCAUCUGAACAUGGAUGCUUCUCUUCCCCAAAGGUGGGGAACGUAACCAGGGUGGGGCCUUUCAGGCGGGGGCCCCAUCCGCAAAACAGCAGUGACAAGAGUCGAGAUAUAGGGGAGGAAAAGAGCAGAGUUGCCUUGAUGGAAACAACGGGCCGGCCGGUUCUUU